UUGAUUGAUUGCCUGACUAACUUGGCGAGAGUGUAUUUUUGUUCGAUCAUCAUCAUCGUAUGAUCGAUUUAUAUUGUGUCUAUACAUAAAAGUUAAUGUGGCUGACGUUCGCUUUAGUUUAGUUUAGUUAGUUUAGUUUAGUUCAUAUACAUAAGUUGUUAAAUAAAAAAUAACAGAAACACUAUUGAAUUGAGUUCAAAAAUUUGCAAAAAAAAUUAUUGAAAAAAAGCAUAAAAAAGAAAAUUAAAUUCAAUUAAAAGUCUAACACGUUUUAGUAAUAAACGGAUAACCUCUGCUGUCAUCUCCACAAAAGAUAUACCCGACUCGCCGCUACCGUGAAUGAAAAUGGAUUAUUGAACUUUAAUAACGCCACUUCAGCCGUUCAACGCCUGGGCCAAUUCAUCGAUCUUAAUUUUCGGGAUUUCGCUUAUUCGCUUAGCAGAGCCGAACCUACUGAACAAAUAUGGCUAAAAAUGAGAGAAAACUUUCUUUGAUUAAAGUAUUUGUCGCGUUACUGGCUUUAAUAGUUUGCCAAAUGACAGCAGCGGCCAAUACGACUACGCCGACAGACCUUCCAUCGAAUAACAAAGACUUGUACAAGGCCGAUGAGAAUUUCGACUGUCCCGAAGAUUGUCAUUGCGUUUUGGCGCAUCACACACACCAACCGUUCCUACAUGCGAAAUGUUCGUCGUUAAAAGGUCUGAAGUCGGAAGAGCCUCUUAAGUCUACGCUACCUAUACAUUCCAUAGAUUUGUCUUAUCUGAAUUUAACAAGACUAUCACACGCUCUGGAGAAAUUGCAUGAUUUGACCUCAAUCAAUUUGUCGCACAACGAACUGCACGAGAUAGGACAUCUGGGAAGACGCAUUAAAAAACUCAAUCUCAAACAUAAUCGCUUCACCUCAGCCAAAUUGAGUAAACUGCCCGCUCAUGUACAAUCUUUAAAUUUACAACAUAACGAUAUCACUUACCUGCCAUUAGAGUUCACAAAAUUGUCGCAGCUCCAAUCUUUAGAAUUGAGUCACAAUCAAAUCAAUUGCUCUUGUGAAACGCUAGAAGUACGUAACUGGCUGCAAAGGCGGCAUGUAUAUAUGGAACAUCCUGUCACUUGUACAUAUCCGGCUAAUGCGAAUGGCAAACCCUGGCUGCAACUCAAACAGUCUGACAUUUGUGAGAAAGAGAAGCAUGGCUGGCAUGCUGAUGAUGAAGAAAAUGAAUUGAUGAUGGGCGACCAGCCAAUCGAGGAUCCAGGAAAUGAAGAAGGCAACGAGGAACUAGGUAAAGACUAUUUGCCCAUAGGUGCGGGAUCGGGGAAUGGUAAAAAAUUUGAUCAAUUGAAAAUGUCGGAUGCUGUUGAAGGUUCUGGAGAUUUAAGCGAAAUUAAUAUACAUUUACACACACCAAUACUUGGACAUAUGGAGACUAGUUCGGAAACGUUAGGAAAUCAUGUAACCCACGAACCCUUAUCGGCGAAUGAUGACGACGACGGUUCCGGUAGUGGUGAUGGUCUAUUGAUUAUACCGCAUUUGCAUCACCACAGUGUCGAUCCUGAUGAUUUUGACGACAAUGAUAUACCUGGGGAUAUAUUCGGCGAUGGAUUGGGCAUAUUUAAGACAUCAAAACCGCAAAGUACCACUGACGAACCCGUAAAGGAGGAUUCGAUAGUACCCGUAGAGCAGGAUAUCUUGGGCUCCGAUAAUGAACCCCGUGUGAAAGUGGUUACAGAUGGUCCUGAAAUAACUGAAAGUAUUGAAGACGCCAAUGCGGACAGUAUUAAACAUGCCAACGCUAUGGCUGAAAAUGGCGAGGACAGUAACGGCACUUACUUCCUGUUAGGGGUUGUCGUACUCAUUAUUGUAGGCCUUUUGGCUUAUGUGGCCUUGAAACGUUGCAAAAAACGUGGGCGAGGAGGCAACGAUGCCGAGAAUCCACAAACUGAACUUCUGGACAUGGACAAAAAACAACUAGGUAAACCAAUACGUAACGGAGUACCCGAACAUGUACCGUUAAUAGGAGAGAAAGCCAAAACUGACUUAAAUAAACCCAUGAACGGUGCUAACAAGAAACCUUAUGACGCAGGAGAUGUAAAAGACGGAUCAGCUCAACAAGAGCCGCUAUUAAAUGGCAACAAUUCACCGCAUUCUCCUAACAGUAUAAGCGGUACGCUGCCUGAGCAAAAGAAUACUACUGGUUCUAAUGAGCCGAGCUUACACGCUCCCAAUCACGAAUAUUAUCCGAUAUCGCCACGUUACCCGACACCGCAAUCGCCAAGAGCCUCCAAAUACGGUCAACAGCAACAAGUACAAGAGCCGAACAACAACGACCCAGAAAAGCCAUAUUUAUCCUCGUCACCGAAAUCAGGUCGUUACUCUCCCGUUUAUUCACCCGAAACGGGACGUGUUAAAAUAAAGCUUAGCGAAACGCCCCGACCUAAAACGCCCAUGCUAGUGACGCGUAGUCGAUCAAAUGCUGGUGAGAUUAUCACUACGCCAAUACGUGCGGCACAGCUGUUAAACACUGCCACAGCAACACCCCUGCAUACAGCUGCCACAAAUGGUCAUAUACGCGAUCAUCACUGAUUGUCAAGCAUUAGUAGUGAUUCUAUGCAAUUAUAAGAGAAAACGUAAUCAGAAUGAAACGUAAAAUGAAUGAAGGAAGGACGAAGAAACGAAAGAAAGAUGAAUUAAAGUAAAAUUUCUUGAGAAAGAAACGCUGUGAAUAAGGUGCUUUAAGCGAAGAACUAAAUACAUUUAAAAACUAAAAGGAUCAUAUAAGUAAUAAUAUAAAAACUAUAUGUCUGUGUGUGCGCGUGCUUUGAAAAUGUUCUCUACCUUUUCCUAAGAUUUAUUCAAGGCAAAAGAAAAAAGCUAACUGAAACCAGAUAAGAGAAAGGACACCAAUUGCUUAAGAUAUAGAUUAAAUAGUAAAAAAGAAAACAAAAAAAUAGAAAAAAAUAGUAUUUUGUUUAAAUUACUGAAGGCUUUGGAUUAGUUUUUGACAUAAGAAUUUAAAUUUAUUUAAAGUUCGUUUAAAUUUCUUAUAAGUAGUUUAGCUGAGACGGAAACCGAAAGUGUAAGCCUACCAUUGUCAUUCAUUUCAUUUCAUUGACAAUUCUUUACAUCGGCGCUUUACAGUGGUAGCAGAAAGAAAAGAUUUGCACUAAAGCUUUGCACUAAGUAGGUUUCGUCUUCUGUCCCUUCUUCAAAGUCAUAAUUAGUUUCUUUUCAAAAUGAAAAUUAUCAUCCAAAAAGGAAAUUUUAUUCAUACAUGUUCAGCUAACAUACAUACAUUGUGAUGCCUUAUAUUCUAAUAGAAACUAUUAAAAACAGUGUUUCUAAAAAGUAUUCGGACAAGCUUUGGAAUAAAUUCAUUCUUUCUCGGAAAAAAGUGUGAGUAGUUGUAAGAAGAAAUAUAUUCCCACUGGGUAUUGGGGUAACGGUAUUAAAGUCAAAAAGAAAAAAAAAUCGAAUUUUGGGUUUCUUAGUCUCCCAAAGCAUUGUUCACUCCUUAUUUAAUAAAAUUUCAUGAUUUAAAGUCUAGAAACAUUAUAUGUUCGCUAUCUUUCUGCUCUGCUCAAAAACUUUCGAAAUUUUUGCUCAUAUUUUGACAAAUUCAUUUUUUGAGUAUUCGAGAAAAAAAACUUAAUUAGUAAGCUUCCCAUUUCUUCAGAAACUGUCAAUCAAUUUCUAAAGAUAAUUAUGAAUACCUCUGCCAUAUUGUCGUACUAAGACAACAUCUGCUACUAAAAAUCUGCUGAAACUUCAGCUCUUGGGCCAAACAUAGCUGUAAAAGUAAGAUUGCUUUAAGGUUCGAUAUAAAAUUUGAUCCACAUAAUCGCACUGAAGCUUCAGUUCUCAGGCUAAGAUUAUGUAUAUAUACACAAUCAGCUUUGUAGACAAUGUCUUCCGUGUUGAAGAAAGUAAAAAGCUCUCUUUUAUCGAUAGAUGAUGACACAGUUUAGUUUUCGUUCAACUCUGAAUUCGUUCAAUCGCUAGAAUAGAAGAAGACUUGAAUACCAUUGCUCUAAGAAUAAUUGAAAACCUAAUCCAUAAACCUGCUUGAGAUCUCAGAAGAAGUCUAUGCGAUAAUUAAAUUUUUCCUAAAACCUCUUUGUGAUAAAGAUUCUUCGCUGUUUAUAGACGAUGGUAGAGUUUAAUUUUCAAUCAACUGCUGAAUAGAGGUAGAUUAGAAUACCACUAAGUGCACUAAGAUUAUUUGAGGUUAGAUAUGAAGCUUCAGUUCUUUUCUGCAGUUAACCUGGGCUUUAGUACAUGAAGUAAAGUUUCUUUGCGGCAAAGUCGUUCGUACUGAAAAAAGCACAGAAACUCUUGGAUGGAUGAGGUUAGAGUUUAGUAUUCAUUUAAGCGCUGAAUAGAGUAAGACUAGAACAUGGUUAAUUAAACCUAUAACCUACAGAUCGUUUGAUUCUCAAAGCCUUUACUCGCAUUUCCUGUUUCCGAUAGUCGGACUUUCAACACAAUCUUACUAAACUACUUAUAAAAAUCUCUUUCAUUUUUCGAUAUUUAUUUCUUGAAUGAACGAAUACUUUUGCGAAACACUGUUAUUUAAAAAUAAAAUUCUUAUUAAGAUUUUAAGCUUAAGUAUCUUAGUUAUAUAAAUAUAUAUAGAUAUAUAUAUAUAUAUAUAUAUAUAUGUUUAUAUAUAAAGAUAAAAAAUAACCUAAAUAAAAAAGUUCACUUACUCAUGGCUAACUAAACUCAGAGCGAAGAUGAGCGCUGUUAUGCAAACGACCAAAAUGGAAAACAAAACAUUGAAAAAAAAAAAACGAAAAUGUGCCAAUUAGUUGUGCCUUAACAAUUAUACAACAAUUGUUAAUUUGUUAAACAUAUUUUAACCGGAAAAAUGAAAAAAAAAAAAUUAAAAGAAAUUUAUGUAUAUUGCACUUGGAUUAGACAGACAUUUUAUACAGAGGUUUACAUAGAAUGAUUUUUUUUUUUUUCUUUUUGGGAAAUUUUUGAAAUUAUUAGAGGAAGAAAUUAUUUUUUUACGCACAAUUC